AUGAAUAUAUCCCGUAUAUCGGUGAUGACUUUUAAUAUGUGCAAAACAGAUGGUUAUCCAAUUAAUUGGCCACAACGUCGUCUACCUAUAAUUGAAUGUUUGACAACAUUUACACCUGAUAUUCUUUGUGUACAGGAACUGCAUCCAUUAUUGCAUGACGCUAUCGUCGAAUCGUUACCAAGUCAUGCAUUUGUUCAAGAUGAUUUUCCUGGAUGGCAAUCGGAGGGUAACAUCUAUUGGAAUCGUAACAUGUUCAAAAUGAUGGAAUACGGAAUGGUUGAUAUUGGUAUCAUGGAACCAUUGCGACGUUUGUUUUGGGUACGAUUAGAGAUACAAAUGUUCACAAAUGAAAACAAAGAACAGAGUCAAUCGAACACAAAAGAAUUACUUGUGGCGAACGCACAUUAUACAUGGGAAGGUCAUGAAGAAGAACGCAAAACUGAUGUCAAUUUACGUAAGCAACAAGCACGCAGUACUGUAACUGCUUUACAAGAUUUAACAUCCCAGUUCAAUAAUCCUCAUUUGGCUGUCUUGUUUAUGGGAGAUUUAAAUGAAAAUUAUCAUCCAAGACGAAUUUUACGUGAAGCUGGCUUUGUCGAUUGCUUUGCUGAAUUACGAUUACCAACUCCAAUCACACAUCCUCAACGUCCUAGUGAACCUAAAGAAGAUAUUCAAGUGGGCACAACAUUAGAUUGGAUAAUGCAAAAUAAAUAUGCACGUCCUAUCUUAGCAAAUGCACUACAAAACGUGUUUUGUACUGGAGGAUAUUCUGUAUCAGAUCAUUGUCCAGUGAUGUGUGUGUAUGAAAUUGGUGCGGGUCCUUAUGUUUCGAACGCAGUACAAGAUUUUAGUGGCAAAAAUAUUGUCAAAUGGAUUUAG